AUGGAGACGCUAAUGGCGGCCGAGGUGCCGCAGCAGAAGUCGUGGGGGCUAGCGCGGAGGCUGACGAGGCUCCUCCGCCGCAAGGGGUCGUCGGCGGGGUCGAGCGUGGCGUAUUCUGUUGCUAGCGACGUGUACGACGAGUCGCUGGACAGCUCCAUGAACUCGCUGAGCAAGCUCAAGCUCUCCGGGAACAUGGCCGCCGCCUACUCCCUGGACGCGUUCUUCAAGACCGCGGCGGGGAAGAACGGCGUGCCUCGGCAGCCGCCUGUGCCGGUGCCGGCGGCGGACGCGCACGCGUUCGUGGCGAGCCUCUUCGCGGGAGUGUCCGCCGUGAAGGCGUCGUACGCGCAGCUGCAGCUCGCGCAGCACCCCUACGACGCCGACGCGAUACAGCAGGGCGACGCCGCGCUGGUCGCGGAGCUCGGCAAGCUGUCGGAGCACAAGCGGCGGUACGUGAGGGACCCGGCCGGCGCCGUCAGGGACGCGGCGGCGGGCCCCGCCGCGGCCGCGCUGGCGGACGAGCAGCGGCACCUCAUCCGGACCUACGAGAUCACGGCGCGCAAGCUGGAUGCGGAGCUGCGCGCGCGGGACGCCGCCGCGGAGCGCGCCCGGUGUGAGCUCGCCGAGGAGCUCCGCGCGGCGCGCGCCCUGGAGGAGCGCGUCCGCCCGGGCCGCAACGGCAGCCUCCCGGCGCUCGACGGGCUCCACCUCUCCGGCCUGAACCCCGCCCACUUCGGCACCGCGUUGCGCCACGCAGUGAAAUCCGUCCGCUCCUUCGCCAGGUCAAUGCUCGACGAAAUGCGGCUGGCCGGGUGGGACGUCGCUGCGGCGGCCGCCGCGGUGCACCCGGGCGUACCGCUGCGCCGUCCGGGGGACGCCGUGUUCGCGCUCGAGUCCUACGUCGCGCUGAAGAUGUUCGCGGGGUUCCACCGGAGGGACUUCGGGCUGAGCUGCCUGGAAAACCGGGGCUCCUACGACCGGCGCCGCUUCUUCGAGGAGUUCGCGGACCUCCAGUCGGCUCCGGCGGCCGCGCGGCGGGGCGCGCUCGGCGGGUUCCUGCGGGACAGGUACUCGUCGGUGGUGCACGAGCGGAUGGAGGCGGCGUCCUUCGGGAGGCAGCGCGGCGCGGCGUUGACGGAGACCGCGUGGUUCGGCGAGUUCGCGGAGAUGGCGCGGCGCGUGUGGCUGCUGCAUUGCCUGUUCUUCGCGUUCGACGGCGGCGCGUCCAUCUUCCAGGCGCGGCCCGGGGAGCGGUUCUCGGAGGUGUACAUGGAGAGCGUGAGCGACGUGGACGGCGAGUACGGCGGCGGGAUGACGCUUGCUCCGGCCGGCAACCGCGUGGUCGGGUUCACCGUGGUGCCGGGGUUCAGAGUCGGGCGGUCGGUGAUGCAAUGCCGAGUGUACCUCUCGCGGGCGGCCCGGCAUACGUGA